AUGCGGCUUUAUAUCUUCGGUCUUGUUCUGUUGGGGUUGGAUUUAGUAUCUGCCCGUCUGGUGGGCGUGCCUACCAUCCCCUUCGAGGAGACCGGAGGCGAAUACCCUCUCUCGCAAUUGAAGGAAAUCAUCGUCGACACGCGGUAUGCCCACGACGUCGACGCAGACGGGGAGACCCUGAUCCCGCCCACGCUGGACCAGUUUUCCCGCACGUUCCAGGGGGAUCUGUUCUCUUCGUUGGGGGUCGACCUGCCGCUCGGGUACAACAUUAUGCCCUCUGCGGACUCGAUCUUCAUCACGGUGCGCAACAGUACUGGGUUUCACGACGCGGCGGGCCGGUGGACUUCCGAGGGGUACGAGUUGGAGAUCAACGAUGAUGGUAUCAUCAUCUACGGGGCGAGUCCGCUCGGGGCUUGGUGGGGGACCCGAUCGUUGAUCCAGAUGGCGGUGUUGGGAGACACCACGCUGCCGGUGGGCUCUGGUGUUGAUGCACCUGGCUGGGGGACUCGUGGAGUUAUGCUGGACGUCGGCCGUCACUAUUACCCUCCCGGAUUCAUUGUUGAGAUGUGCUCGUACCUGUCCUUCUUCAAACAGAACCUGUUCCAUCUGCACCUGAGCGACAAUAUCGACAACAACGUCGACCUGUACACGAGGGAAGAGUCUCUCUCGCUAUAUGCCGCGUUCCGGCCGUGGUCCGACAAUCCGGCGGUGGCGGGUCUGAACAGACGGCCCAACGAAUCCUACACGCUGAGUGAGUUCGACGACAUGCAGCGCCAGUGUGCGAGCCGCGGCGUUACCAUCCUGCCGGAGAUCGAAUCGCCAGGCCAUGCACUGGUGAUUGUGCAGUGGAAGCCGGAGCUGGGGCUUGCGGAUCUGAGCAUGCUCAACAUCUCUUACCCGGAGACCAUCCCAACGGUGAAGACAAUCUGGGAGACCUUCCUGCCCUGGUUUCACAGCAAGACGGUGCACAUUGGCGCCGACGAGUAUGAGAGCGGUCUGGUGGACGACUAUACGAUGCUGGUUAACGAGAUGAAUGACUAUAUCCGUACCGAGUCUGGGAAGAACAUGCGCAUCUGGGGCACUUUUACCCCGGAAGAAGGGGCAAACGUCUCGACCGAGGUUUCCAUCCAACACUGGGAGUUCUUCGAGGAUAACCCUUACUGGGAUUAUAUCAUGAACGGGUACGAGGUGCUCAACUCAGACGAUGCGUUUUAUAUCGUAGACGGCUGGUCCGGCAGCUAUCCGCAGAUCUUGAACAAGACCCGUGUCUUCUACGGCGCGCCGGACGGAGGCCCGUAUGCCCCCAAUAUCUUCGACACAAGCAACGCGACGAACAACCCUCCUCGGGACAAUCCGUUUGUGCUGGGCCACGUUGCCGCCACGUGGAACGACUAUGGCCCCAACUCUUCAGCCGUGCUCAACGCGUAUUACGGGUGGCGAGACGUGCUCCCCGCCCUCGGAGACAAGCAAUGGGGCGGCAACCUGCUGGAGGAUGAGUACGACUCCAUCUUUGAGACUCUCCACGCCGUGAUCCCGGGCCAGAACCUCGACCGCUGGAUUGCAAGCGAGUCCAAAGACACGAUCCUGAGCUAUCAGUUCAGCAGCGGCAAAACAGACGUCGUCAAAGACGAAUCUGGCAACGGGUACGAUGGCCUCCUGCACGGCUGCACCGUCACCAACUCGGUCCUCAACCUGGCCGACGGCUGUUAUGUGGAAACCCCCCUGGGCAGCAAGGGCCGCAACUACACCCUGUCUUUCUCCGUGAAGCCGACAUCGACAACCCCCGGCACCCUCUUCAGCGGGCCCGACUCCGCCCUGCUCAACGGCAACGGCACCAUUAGCAACGUAACUCUGGUCACCGGCGGGAAUCCUUACUCGCUCAACUACAGCCUGCCGCUCAACACCUGGACCGACGUGCAGCUGAUCGGCCGCGGCAACCAGACCUUCCUGGGCGUCUCCAGCCCGAGCAACGGCACCGUCUCGACCAUGGAGUUCCUCGCCCGGCUGGGGGACGACGGCACGCUGCUUGUGUGGACGAGUAUCGGCAUUGAAGCUCCGCUGGCACGCAUUGGCGAGGGAUUCACAGGGUUGAUGAAAGAUAUUGUUCUAAGUGGGUAG